AUGAAUUUGAGGAUGUUUUGGAUCCUGAUUUUGAUCAUUUGGAAAAUCCAAUGUCCCCUCAUUCGUAUUCCCAAGGACAAUACCUGGACCGUCCCUGCUGAGGAAGCUGUUCGGGAACAUAAUGUGGGUCCCACAACGCAUUGCAUCAUCAAGGACCGGAUUAGAAGCGAUGAUAUGUCGUUCAAGAGGAUUGAACAUGCUUGGUGAUAGUUGAGAACACCCAUUAUCCAAAACCAGAUCCAACAACAACAGGUUUAAAGAAGUACCUCGAAAAAAAAGUGCCAAAUGAAGCAGAUUUGAAGGCGAUAGAGAACAUGUAUGAGGUGCUUGGCGAUGCUGUGGACUUUGCAAACAAAAAGCCCUUAAUCAGUAACUUGCUUAUGAAAUACAAGCACUUGAAGCCUGGAAUAACGGAAAGCACACUAAUUGUUAGAUCUAAUUUAUUGUUGUUCUUCAAAAUUUCCAAAAUUAUAUUUCGAUUUAUAUGAGAGACAAAAACAAAAGUAGGAUGUUAUAGUCAAU